AUGGUGCUAAUCACUGAAUCUCACGUCGAUAUCGAAACAUCUGGGGGUACGAAGAUGAGAGUCUUCUUGUUUCACCCAGUUAUUUCUGGAUACCCCAAUGCAAAAUUCCCUGGUGUCGUGGUGUGGAGUGAGAUCUACCAAGUUACUGGGCCGGUAUCGAGGUUCGCGAGGCAAAUUGCUGGGCAGGGGUACAUCUGUGCUGCACCCAGUGUAUACCACGAUUUUGAGGGUCCUGCUGCCUUGGCCUACGAUGUUCCGGGAACCGAUAAGGGAAACGAGUACAAGAUCAAGAAGACUGUCGCUUCGUACGACGAGGACGCAAAACUGACUGUUGACUACUUAUUGGGACUAAAAACUUGCACAGGCAAGAUUGGGACUACUGGGAUGUGUCUCGGUGGUCAUCUGGCAUUCAGAUGUGCUCUUGACCCCAGAGUUUCCAGCGCUGUUUGCUACUUUGCUACAGAUAUACACAGUUCUACCCUUGGAUUGAACAAAAAGGAUGAUUCUUUGGCAAGGAUCCCAGAAAUAAAGGGCGAGUUGGCGAUGAUCUUUGGGAAAAUGGAUAAUCAUGUCCCACCUGCGGGUCGUGACCUGAUCAGGAAGACUCUUCAUGAGGCAGGGACCAAGUUCAGCUUCUAUGAGUUUACCUGGGCUCAACAUGCCUUCAUUCGGGACGAGGAGUCCAAAGGAAGAUAUGACCCUGCACUCUCAAAGAUCUGCUUUGAAGUUCUCCUCGAGCUCUUCACCAGGACUCUGAAGACAGACUUAGGUGUUCAUAUCAAUGAUGAUACCGAAAUCGAAGAUGUCUGUUAG